UCCUCUUCCAGCCUCCUCGCCUCCUUAUUUGGUCAUCUGGGUUUAAGUGGGCGUAUCCAAGCUGUGACGUACGAAGAUUUGUGUCAGGACAGGGAAAAAAAAUAUCAAGAGCAGCCGGUGUGAAGUGUUCAGACCUGCAUUGCACUACCGGGACAGUCAGCUGCUACUCCAGCAACUCACUUCUACUGGAAUCUGUUUAUUAUUUAUUGCUGAUUGUCUAUUUAUUAUUAUUACAUGAGAGAUAUGAUGAUGAUGAAUGGCGGGACCAGAAGUCUCUGCACAGUGGAGGACAUCAGAAAACAACAUGACCAGGAGGGGUGCAGGCGGCUGCGGCUCACACUGCACGACCACAACCAAACGGUUCGCAGCUCAGGGCAGCAGCAACACAGAGAUAAGCCUGUCGGACGUGCGUUUGCGCUGGUGCAGCCCCCCGAGAGGAGGACGCUUCUGCCACCCGAACCCGUCAAUUCUACGGAGGAGCAAGUGGAAGUCAUCAAGGUGUACCUCGAGGCCCGUAGAGAAGAGACUCAGAAACAGAAUCAGAGUCUGAAGAUGCUGUCAGAUGAAGUUUCACAGAUCCAAGAGGUGCGAUAUUGCCUGAAGACACUGAGGGAGCAGAUGGCGUCAAAAAAUAAAAUUCACACCAACGGUUGGAAGGUCUCAUCUCCCUUCAAGAAAAUGAACUCUUCGAGCCAGAAAGGCGAAACCAAAAGUGUCGAGCAGGAGGCAGACGACGAGGCGGAGAGGGCCAAGCUGAGAGAAGUGAGCAAGCGUCUGUAUGCUCAGCUCCAAGACGCUGAGAAAAAGCACCAGGAGGAGAAGGAAAGACUGCAGGCUGAAGGCAGCAUGCUGAAGGAGCGUCUGAGCGAGCAGGAAGACGAGCUGAAGAGCACAAAGGAAGACGCCGAGAAGAAGGACCAGCGCAUCGACGAGCUCCAGAGGUUACUGGGCGGCAUGGAGAAGGAGAGCGCCGCCUUGAGGGAGACCAUCCGCGAGCGGGAGGAGGAACUCCUCGAGCUACGGCGCUUCAGAGAGGAGGGCCCCAAAGGAGACCAGAGGGCAGAGCAGUUGGAGAAGGAGGUUGCCAUUCUCAAGGAGAAGAUCCACCAUCUGGACGACAUGCUGAAAUGCCAGCAGAGGAAAGUCAGACACAUGAUUGAACAGCUUCAGAACUCUCGCAUGGUGAUCCAGGAGCGCGAUCGCGUCAUCAAAGAGCUGGAGGAGAAAGUGGCUUUGCUGGAAGCGGAGAACCGAGAGAUGCGCGAUCAGAUGGAUCACUUCCUGGGAGGACAGCAGAGCAGUUCUUACCUUUCAUCGGAGCAGAACCCAAAGAUUGUAUACAGCAAACCAUUCAAGCUGUCCACCUCCUCCAACAAGCCGCUUCCGUUCAUAAAGGUCAUUGAGAUCAAGUCUUGAGUCUCUUGAGAAGCACCAAAGGUGUUUUUUUUGUUUGUGGACUGAAACCAAACAGCAGCUCAGACGGACCACCUUGCGUUGACGUGGCAAGAUCCGAGCUGAGCUUUCACUACUAUUUGCCCUCAUGAAGUACGCACUGCACUCUCUGUCCUGUACAGUACUUUUAAAUGUUUAACACAUGUUCCGUAAUGCACAUGCGCAAAGUACUGCAGGCUUUUAAGUAGGCAAUUAAGUUUGUUUAAAUAACAGUUAUGUGUAGCGUCAAUGUUACAGUCACUGCAAUCUUCUGUCUACUUGUGUAGUAUGAAGCUUGACCAUAAAGGAUAUUUUAUACUGUUGUCGGAAUUUAGAAUAACAGUUUUAACGUAAGCACUUAAUGAAACCGUGCAGAAAUCGAAGCUGACAAAACUGCAUCAUAGAAGUGUCUUUUUUUUUCACCUUUUAAA